GAACUUCCGUUACUUUGGGAAAACAGUAAUUUACGAGAAUUUGUUAUUUAUUUCUGUAUUUUAAGAAAUUGAGAUACUUUAUGAACGAUAAGAAUGCCCGUUUUUCUUUCCUCCAUUGCAUAGAUUGUAUAUCAGAAGGAAAAUCCUCUUGUGGAAGUUACUGGAAAGGCCUUCGACUCCAAUCAUAAAAAGGAAAUGGAAGUGCCAUUACAGAUUCAUUGAAACUUAAGUUACAGUGAAACAAGUAAAAUACAGUAAAUCGGAAAUAUAAACUUUGUAACAAAUCAAUUCAACAUGUCUCUAAGUAGGCACCAGGAUGACCCAGAUGAUUCAAGAUCAUGUUGGGUGUGUUUUGCCACGGAUGAAGAUGAUCGCACUGCCAUGUGGGUAAAACCCUGCCGGUGUCGUGGCACAACUAUGUGGGUACAUCAGAACUGUCUUCAGCGGUGGAUCGAUGAAAAACAGAAGGGAAAUAGUAAUGCCAAAGUGGCAUGCCCCCAGUGCAAUACUGAAUAUAUCAUCAUAUUUCCUAAAUUAGGUACUUUGAUAUCAAUAAUGGAGCCAUUAGACCGAUUGAUCAACAAGACCUGUCCAUUUGUAGCUGGUGGUAUAUUUAUAGGUUCAUUAUACUGGACGAUGGUCACUUAUGGUGCUGUAACAGUCAUGCAGGUUCUAGGUCACAAAGAAGGGCUCAGUGUGAUGGAGGGCUCCGACCCUCUCGUGUUGUUGAUCGGCCUGCCACUCAUACCAUCUAUGCUAAUACUGGGUAAAAUGAUCCGAUGGGAAGAUUAUGUUCUACGACUGUGGAGGAAACAUUGCAUGAAAUCUCCCAUCCUCAAAUAUUUAUUUCCAACUGAUUAUGCAAAUCUUGCCCGAACCCCAGCUGAGGCUGCCAACAUCUCCGACCCUAUCUCAAUAACCCGAAUGUUGUGUGGUGCGCUUAUCCUUCCUACCAUAGCAACUACAACAGGCAAAGUCUUGUUUGGAAACGUGACAUCAAAUUUUCAACGAACAUUGCUAGGAGGUGUGGCAUUUGUUGCUAUCAAAGGAGUGUUAAAAAUAUAUUACAAACAACAACAGUAUAUUCGACAGGCCAAUAGAGUUAUACAAGACUUUGAUCCAUCUACGGCGGAAACGAGCGUGCAGUCAAGAUCAUGAAAUAGUGUUGAAUCGUGAAUUCAUUAUAAAAACUAAGUACUAGGUUCAACGGAGUUGUGAAAGUCAACGUUUGGGUGAUAAUUACAGUUCUACAUUCAUGCCGUAAUCUGAUUGGAUAAUAAAGAUGUCAUUGGUGUACAAUUGUCGAACCCACAACAUACUAACAGUGCAAUAACAGGUUAACUCCUAUUAAAUUAAGAAGGACUUUACCCGUUACUGCACUAAGGUAACUAGAUGUUUUUUCUUAGUCAAAAAUUAGAAACAUGAGUCAAUUAGAUAUUAACUUCUAAAAUGCUGAAACUGAAACUACAAGGUCUUGUCCUAUUUCACAGAGUCGGACAAGUUUAUACAUCUUUUUCAGACGAUAUAUACUGUUGGCUAAUAAAUCUCUUAAUUUUCAUGUUAAUAUCCCUAAAAUUGUUAUUAAACUGUUCCAAAAUGGAAGUUUGACAAGGGCAUUCACUAGGUGAAGGGUUAUAAUAUAGGCGUUUGCAGAUUAUCCAGAAGUAAGCUAUAGUUAUUGCCCAAAACAGGGCUUUUACAUCAUCAGUGGGUCUUUGCAAUUAGGCAAUGACCAUCAUCAUGUGUUUGUGAAAAAAAUCUAAGUCAGAACUAUGUGUACAGAAUACUUGAGGGUUUGUGUCUCUCAAUAAAUAUUAUUUUAAAUGACAAGUGUUAGAAAAAUAUAUUGUGAUGCUGAGAUAAUGGAAAAAACUUCUGUUUUUCAGAUUGUUUUUUUGUAGAACGUGAUAUGAUUUCUAGAGAAUGUGAUACACCUAUACAUAAAGCUGCACCCCUGCAAAUGAGCAAAUUUUUUUUUAGAAAAAUCGACCUUGAGAAAAAUAUACUAAGAUUUUAAAACUAGUAAAAAAUAUUCACUGUUCAAGAAAAAAUUUAUAUGUUAUAUGCAUUAAAUGACUGAUUUUGCAAUAUUUAUCUCCAUAUUUCUACUGCAUGAUUAACACAAUAAGGACUAUUUUCUUCAUAUUCUGAACUAUUUUUGGUAAAUUUUCGUAGAUUUUAAGUUUCAUUUGCAAUGUGUAAAUUACUUCCUUUGUUCACUUGACAAUAUGUUACUUUAAAAAAAAAUUAAAUUUGUUUGUUAAUCUGGAGGCAUGCUGCUUUAAAAUGUUCAAUUUUGUCAAUACAAUGUACAUGUAUAUCACAUAAUCUACUGAUUUACAAGCCUUUAUCCAGGAUGUGGGAUGGGUUUUUUUCUAGUAGAAAAUAAACAAGUUGACAAAACUUGUUGUUACUUAUAAGAUUUCAGGAUAUGAAAUUUAGAUUUUUUUUCAAAUUUACUAUCCCUGAAAUGUAACUGACACUUUCAACUGAAAGUAUUACAUUUUUGGGGGUGUGGGGGGGGGAUUAUCAGAAUUGGUAGAGAAAAGAUGAAAAUAAUUGAAUAAUUGACAUGCAAAAUGUGGAACAAGGUGAAGAGUUUUAAUUAGGUCUGCAUUUACUCAAACAUUGAUAUUCUGAUGUUUUUUCGGGAGUGGGGGUUUAUUUUAAUGUAUAUUUUUGAUAUUUCAAGGUUUCCCAGCCACUGGGCUGACCAUAGUAUGUCUUUGUGUAAAUUUUAAUACAUACAUAUUGCAGAGUCAGGGUAAAGUGAUUUUAAGUCAAAUUAAGGAGAUGCAGAGAGAAAUAACAGAGUUAAUAUACAUUUAACUUAAAUAUUUUUUGGUAACAUAAAAGGUACAUACAGCUAUUAAUUUCUUACAACAUUAUUUUCUUGUCCAGUUUCAAUACAGUAACUUGAAUAAGGAUGCUAAUGAAAGAAAAACAGUUAGCUGAAAUAUAGACAAAUUUUUAACCUAAAUUUCUAAAAGUAAAUGAUUUCUAAGCAGUUGUAAUUUUUUUGCAGUGCAACCAUAAUACAUACAUUUACAGCUCCAAUCAACAUUAUAAUAAUAUUAAGUCAGCAUCAUUUUAAGCACAACAAUGAGUGUCCAUUCUGUUAUA